AUGGCAAAACGGGAUGCUGUUACCGCCUUUGAUGGCACAGGAAGCGACAGUCCUCAUGCCAGCAAGCGACAGAGACAAAAGCACGCCCGUGAAUCUCUGCCCCAAAAUGAUCCAACAGCGGCAAAAGCAAAGACAAAGACGAAGGCACUUUCUCCGUCAGCAGCAGCAGAGACACCUGUGAAGUCAGACAAAGACACAGAACCCGGUGGCGUGAGACUAGGUUCCUACGAGGUCACGCCGCAGCUUUCACGGGUAGAGAAAGAGAAGUCUCCAACAUCCCUCUUCAAACCGAAGCCAGCUGUUGAACGAGAACCCCAAGAGAAGGACAGCAAGUUGAAUCAGAUCUUGUCUGAGCCGACAAGGAACACUGCCUCUAAAUCAUUGGCAAAGAAAACUAAGGACUCCAAAAAUAUAAGUGUGAUUAGCUCAAAAGUCCAAAACCCACAGCCUGAAAAUACGUCGAAAUGGCCGCUAUCCAAAGGUCGGGGUGGUAUAUUCAUUGAUCAGGAUCCAAUUUUCAGCGAAGACAAGCAACAUCUGAUUCUUGCCACACAUACUGAAGUGCGAAUUUAUUCUCUGAAAACGUCACUUCUAAUCCGAGCUUUCCCAGCUGGAAAUAAAUCCGAAAUCACAAGCUGCGCUCUAUCACUAGUUGAUCCGAAGAGGCUAUAUGUCUCAACUGCGAAAGGACUUCUAUCGGUCUGGGAUUGGACGAAAGGUGCCUACCUAGCCAACCACGAAACUGGAAGAGCAACACGGAAGAUCUUGCCGGUCCAUUCUCAUGAGGGGACAGAGACCAUCGUGGUUGUGCAAGAGAAUGACCCAAAAUCGGUUUCAGUUGUGGCAUAUGCUAUCGAUACGGCCAGCAAUAUUCUGAGCCAACUUCAGACUGUACUCAAGAAGAAUUUUCCAAAGUUACCUGUAUUACAGGUUCACGCCGAAGGCAGCAUCCUCGUGGCUUGUGCCUUCGACAAGAUCCUUAUCGGUCACUCGCAAGUUUCCCAGAAUGGAAAUUUGGAUCUGAACUUCACGUGGAGAGAGAUUGUCGUUCCAGGUAUCAUCACAAGCCUUGAUUCGCAGAUCAACGUGGGGAAGUCCAAAAGUUCUCGGAAAAUGCCUUUUCUCGAUGUAGCAGUCGGUUUGGAGACCGGUGCUAUCGUCCAUUACGAAGAUCUUCUCUUCAGACUUAUUGGAAAGGAGAAGAAGAACUCGAACGAGGACAUAGCUGGGCGCCGGCUACAUUGGCACAGAUCGAGUGUCAAUACGUUGAAAUGGUCUCGGGACCGUAACUAUUUGAUCUCUGGCGGUAAUGAGACAGUGCUUGUCAUCUGGCAGCUGGAUACCAACAGACAACAGUUCUUGCCUCAUUUGUCUACCGCCAUCGUGAACCUCUCAAUCUCGGUUACGGGGUCAUCCUAUGCGUUACGCAUGGCUGAUAAUUCCGUCAUGGUGCUGUCUACGGCAGAUCUUCUCCCUUCGACAAACAUCUCCGGUCUGGCAGUGGGCAAUACACAAAACCACUUUGCUACAUUGGCUUUACAUCCAACGGUGGAUAGCCGCUUACUUGCCGCGAUACCUGCGACUCCCUUCACCAAAGGUGAAAAACGGGACAAGAGGUCAACGCUGUUACAAUCGUACGACCUUGAGUCUGAUACCCAAACAAACCGUCAAGCCCUGACCAGAAAUGUGACGACUGCUGUAAACACCGCACCUUCGGGACAGCCUGUUCAAGAACCAAACGUCACGAACAUCGCCGUAUCUUUUGAUGGAAAGUGGUUGGCGACAGUGGAUGAAUGGCAGCCAAACGAGCAAGACAUGGCUUCCAUGUGGAUCGAGGUUGACUCCCCCGCUAGCCGUGGGACGGCCACCGAGACAUGUUUGAGAUUGUGGGCGAUGAACGAGAAUGACAACAACUGGGAAAUGGUGACGAGAAUCGACGAGCCACAUAGACCUAGUCCUCGAUCUGUCCUUGGAAUGGCUAUGAACCCGAGUAGGCUCGAGCUAGCGACGAUUGGUGCCGACGCGUCGAUAUCAAUCUGGUCACCUAAGGCUCGACAGCGAGACAAUGUUUCCGUGAGGGACAGGAUGAAACAAAAACUGUAUACCUGGACAUGCUCAAGGACGAUUCCGUGCGGCCAAGAUGACUUGGGACAAAACAAGGACGCAGCUGCCACCUCUGCCACCUUGGCUUAUUCCGAAGACGGCUCCGUCCUUGCCGCCUCGUGGUCGUGGUCGCGGUCGCCAUCGACUGCUACGCGAUUUGUGCACUUCGUCGACCCUCGAACCGGAAGAUUGUGUGCAUCGCAACCCGGUCUUUUACAACAAGGCGACGCCAAACUGGCGUUCUGUGGGCGCUACCUCGUCUGUCUAUCGCAGAUGCUCGUGAUUCAUGAUACACUGACCAGCCAAAACACCACGACCAUCGAGCUGGAUCAAAAUUACCUUGGGCCUGGAAAGUCGAGUUCUAGUUUCCUUGCUGUCAACAAACUCGAUGGAAGCGUUGCGGUCAGUUUGACCAAGACAUCGGCGCCCAAGUGGACGAAACUUGUCGUUUUCACCAUCAGCCAUGGUGACAUCAAACCAUUACGCGACAGUUCUCUUGCUGGAGGCUUAAAGAGUCUCCUUGCCUUGACGACCUCUCCUGGGUUUUUAACGAUUGAUGAUAGAAAUGUCUACAGGUCUCUGAAACCUUCUGGCACCGGCGCGCUUUCCUCAGUCUCCGCUUCGGCUGCAGCCAAACAUGAAUCCGACCAGGUCACCAAAAGCUUGGACAGCAUUUUUGGAACUGUUGAGUCGUCGGUGGAAGCCGACAAGACGAUUCAAGCUGGAGAAGAAGAUAACACCACGACUUCAGGCAGAGAUCUCAACGCAGCUCUGAGGAUUGUCUCGUCUGCUCAAGCGCCGAGUCCAACGGAGUUAUUCCAGAGAGUAUUGACGGUGGUUGCUCAGAGCUGA